AUGAGGCUUGUAUUUGCAGAUUUGUUUCGUCGAGGGCGAAGCAGUGAUAUUCAACAAAGCAAGACAAGUUAUUUAACUUCAAAUCAUGAAUCCCGCGAGUAUUACCAUGGAAGCGACCACAACAACACUUCUGUUGCCAUGACGAGGGACCAUCAAUCUAUAAAAAGGAAUAACAGUCAAUACUAUUUAGGUUUUAUCAGAUCGACCAAAGUUAAAAGGGAAGAGUCGUCAAUAGGAAAAAGUUUCACAAACUUUUUCAAAACUGUCGACAUCAAAUCUUUUAUUUUCUCUGCUCUCAAGAAAGCCGGUCUUGCCUUCCUUCACGUCUAUAACAUUUCGAUGGGUGUUCACGUCAAAGAUAAACAAUUUGCUAUCAGAAUGACUGGAGAGGCGAAGCCCAUCUUCUACUUUGAGUCAAGUGUUGAGUUUGAAAUCGUGAAAAAUGGCGUGUUUGGUGUGGGGAUUACAGCUGACAAUGCAGCUCUUGGAAAAUUGACGCAGGCGCUGUUUAAGAAGAAGAUUAAUUUAUUCGGAAAACUACGGGAACCUAGAAUCGAGUACAAACUGGUGCCUCCCGUGUUAGGGUUUACCGUCGAGCUAGCGAUCCCCAUCAAAGGAGAGAUAUUCAAGGACGGAACCCUAGUUAACCAGGGUGAGUUGUACGUGGGGGGUACACUGAAGUUACGAGGGUUGUCGCUUACUGGAGAACUAUACAUGGAUGGAAUAUGGACCAAGGCAUUUGGGAUUCCGUUUUUGGCCAUCAAAAAUAUCAAGUUCGGGGUUACCAUAAAUCUAAUUCAAGGAAUACCCGAAGGAUUCGAAUUCCAGGGUGAGAUACAAAUCGGCACUGAGUGCUACGGUCCAAAUGCCUUUGUCCACAAAGGUCAUUGUAUCGGUGCGACGGCAAUGGUAGGGGUCAGCGUUAAUCCACUAAAGGAGUACAUUUAUGGAGAGUUAUCGGCGUUGACCCUUGGAAAGGUUUUUCGACUACUUGGUUCAAAAGUACAGAUGCCGAAGAUAGUCGAUGAAACUGGAUUUAGAGAUGGGUUAAUUAUCUCAGCCUCCAUGUCAAAGCAGGAGAUAAUAUAUAGAAAUGACAAAAAGACGAUUAAUCGUGGCCUGUACAUCAAGGGGUUGGUCAGCCUUCUGGGUCUCAACCCGUCCAUCGAGAUUCUCAUCUCACCUGAGGAAAUGUGUGUUGAUGCGCAGCUGGAGAGAAUCAAGCUUCUUGGGGGAGUUCAAAUCGUUAGGUCGUUGAAUGACACGAAGAAUGGACCAAAGUUUAUGGUUAAAGGAACGCGGAAACCGCUCAACCUCCAGAUAUACGUCCAUGGAGCAGUCAAAAUAUUUGGUGUUGACACAGAACUGUUGCUGAACCUCACAAAGGAACAAAUCCAAGCUGAAUUCCAGCUAAAGGUUUUCUCUUACUUAAAAACCCAAGUCAAGUUCUCGUCUAGUUAUGGCUUAUCUUUGAAAGACACAUCAUUUGAAGCUGUCGUAGUCAUAGAAUCCAACCUACAAGAAGUGGUACAAAAUGCUUCAAAGUUGUUGAGAAAGAAACUUGAAUAUGCGAGAAAAAGAAUUGAAGAUGCGAAACUAAGAGUAAAAGAAGCUAAAGAAUCGUGUCUAAAGAAAGCAGCACAGGCAUGCGGUCUUUGUCAGAGAGUUACACACACUGAAAUCCAAGUGGAGUGUCGAAAAGCCAUGGAUCAGUUUAAGCAUUUCAUUGGAAGCAUUGUAGAUAAAUUUGGUGGUUUGGUCAAGAAGUAUGGAGAAAAAGUCAGGCAAGCCUUUACCACAUCCAGAACAAAGCGAUACAUAGAGCUUCUUCUUAACACCGGAAGAAGAAAAGGUGUCACACUUUAUCGAGGAAAAAGGUUUAUUUCCAAGUUGAUCUGUGAUAAGAUUCUUGGUAAAGCUAUCAAAGCAGCAAAAAGCUUAUGUGAAGGCUCAUGUCACGUAGUUGGUCACAUCACCAAAGGAAUGUGUCACGCACUAGACCUCGCCCAAGGCGCACUUUAUCUCAUCGACAAAUCCGCGUACUGGAUCUACCAAGCUCUUCCUCACAUCGCUGACAAUCUCUUAUAUAUCCACAAGCUUUCCUUCCUCACAAGAAUCUCGCCGAGUAUCGAUUCAAAGAUCAAUGGGUCAGCGGAUGUCACUAUAUUCAAGGCUAGAACGCAGUUUGAUUUUGAGAUCAAUCUUGAAAAUAUACUAGAAAGCGCAAAGGAAUUGGGAUUGAGAGCUCUUGAAUACUUUAUAAUACUUUUUACGGAGAGGUUCUCGGAAUCUAGUUAUGAUAAUCCAAGUGACAAGGCUGAUUACCAGUUGUCAGGUGAAAUGAGAAUUAAAAGCAUGAACAGCGAGAAGUGUCUAUCAGUAGAUAGCGAUGGAAACAUUUCUCUAGAGCUAUGUUCCAAGACAUCCUCCUCCUUGGACUGGGCGUACACACUGACUGGAUCUAUUAUGAAUGUUCAUACAGGGACCUGUAUAACGUUUGUUAAACGCCAGACGGCCUUGGAGAUGAGAGAAUGCAGGAUUGAUUCAGAUCAGCAGAAAUUUGCUUGUGACAAAUACAGACUGAUGUCCAAGAACAAAGACGUCUGUCUGACUGAAAAAGAAAAUAAAGUUCUCCUUGAGUCUUGUGAUGACAGCGACCUGAAGGACAAGCAGCAGUGGAAGCUUAGUGAUGACACCAGAGACAUUGCUGUGUGCGAGAAAUAUGUGACUGAUAUUGCUUUUAAGAAGCCAGCGCAACAGUCCAGCGUAAGUUCGAUUAAAUCCAAGGAAACCGAAGAAGACAUUCGUCUUGAAGCAUCGUUUGCCGUGGAUGGAGACAUGUCGUCCAGAUUGGAACAAGGAUCUUGUAUACUGACUGAUGAAGAGAAAGACCCGUGGUGGAUGGUAGACCUAGGAAGGGAAUAUAUAGUAACUGAUGUCAGCAUAGUGGGAGAAUCAGACUACAGCACUCUCACAUUAGAAUCCAUUGAAACACGUGUCGGUAAGAUAAAAGAAAAGUUCUGGGAAAACCCCAUGUGUAGUGAUAGACUGAKAGAGAUCCAAAAUGGCGAGGUUUGGACGUCACAAUGUUGGCCUUACAUCGCUGGGCGGUACGUGUCAGUACAGAAGAUAGGUAUUGGAAAAUUAUCGAUGUGCGAAGUGGCUGUGUUUGCAAGACUUGAUAAGCAAGGUAAAUGCCGAGAUGAAGUCAAAAGAAAAAGAACAGAGAUAGCGCUGUACAGACCAUUCUUCAUCGACCCUGUAACAAACAUGGCUAAGGAUUUCGUCCCAGAAAAUACGGACCAGGUUGAACGCUGAAACCAUUUCCUGGAUUUUCUUCCUUGGUACUAUAGGUCCGCCAAAUCAUAAUUAUUAGAUAAUUUUAUUUGUUAAUGAUGUUUAUCGAAAUAUAACGUGAAUAUAUUAGAUUUCCKGCCCCUAGUUAGCCACCUAUUUCCCCCCGUUAAUGAAUCAGAAAUCAUUAAAAAUAUAUAUAUAUCGCGAAUGAGCAGGGUAUGUAGAAAGAAAUUCAUUUCCCGCUUAAAGCCAAUUGGGUUCCACGGUAGAAAACACGCGCUAUGUUGAGCAAUUUCUAUACGUUUUUUACCCGCGCGUAAAUUAUAUUCAAUAAGGUCUAAGUUUUCUCACUCAAAUUCCAAUUAUUUAUUCUGAAUUCUUAGAACUGUGUUCGCAAAAGAAAAUAUUCGUUUCGUUUUGGAUCAAUUCACUUCAGAUAAAAUCCCUGAAAGGUAUCUUAACACCAAGACCUGUUCCCCCAUUACCAAGGUAUUUAUUUUCUAAUCAAAUAACCUUUUCUUAGUCACGCGCAGUCCAAGAUAUGAAACUAUACUAAAGAAGUCUGCUUUCUUUGGCCUCCAAUUAAAAUUUCAACUGUCUGAGUUUAGUAUGUUUCGAUUGACGGAAGUAAGAAAAAAAAAAACAAAAAACGCAGACGUCUUGGACUGUGUCGAGGCGUAAAUAUGAAAAUAGGUGUAACUGAUAAGGGGAUUUGAGUUUUUUUUACGAAUACCUGCAUCUAUUUCACGGUAGAACUCACUUCAUAGCUUCAAGGUUAUCCAAUCCGAUAGCGAUAUAUAAUAGCGCAGCGCAGCCGUGACGUCAUAAAAACGAAGACAAAGGCGAU